CUCCUCCUGCUCUUCCUCCUCCUCCUCCUCCUCCUCCUCCUCCUCCUCCUCCUCCUCCUCCUCCUCCUCCUCCUCCUCCUUCUCCUCCGCCUCCUCCGCCUCGGCCGGUGGGCUGCGAGCUGCCGGGGGUCGCCCGGUGAGGGGUGGGAAGGCGGGAGGCGCCCACGGCCGCCGAUCCCCCCCCCCCGCCUCACGUUUUACCUCAGAACGGGCCGCCCCGCGUGGGAAGGCGGAGGAGGAAAGAGCUCCCGGCACCCCAAGCCCGUGCGGGGGGGAGUCCGCUCUGCCCGGGGGGGGCCCCGGGAAGGUGUGGGCAGCGGGAGGAGCCUCCCCGCCCGGGCAGGGCCGCGCCGUGUUGUUCUGCUGCGGGAUGAAAAUGGCCUCUCGGCGGAUCACACGGGAAACGUUUGAUGCUGUCGUGCAGGACAAAGUUAAAAGGUACCGCAUGGAGCGGGGCGAUGCUGUGCAGGACACCGUCCAGCAUUUUAAAGCUCACUCAAGGCCAGUCCCAAGGCCAAGAUAUGAAGACAGUUUUCAUGAUGAUGGGAGAUACACUCAUGACAACGCCCAGUACCACCCACACGAUGACUGGAGUGAAGACCCCAGAGAUGAUUACCCAGGACCUUCUUACAGAUCCACGAGUCCUCUCCUGAGGAAGGAGAACUAUUACCAUGAACAGUACGGCCGCCUGGCUCCUCGUGACAGGGAGUUUGGCCGCCUGGCCUCUCGUGACAGGGACUAUGGGCGUCCAGCUUCCCACAACAGGGAUUAUGGGCAUCCAGCCUCUCACAACCGGGAGUACGGGCGCCCAACUUCCCACGACCGGGAAUACGGGGGCCUGGCUCAUGACCAGGACUAUGGCCCUCCUGACUCUUGGGAAUGUACUGGACCACAUGAAACUGACUUUAGCUCUUCAGAUAUUUUAGGGGACUUUAGAUCACCGGGACUCAUGGAAGAUGACUAUGGCAACAUGGAGAACCAGGAGUACGACGUGGAGUUUGGAGUUCAGUCCGACAGCGAGUUCCGACCCCCGGGACAGAGGGGCAACCUUGGCAGGGGAAGAGCUCUGCGGGGAAAGCGUCUUGUGAGGGGUGCUGUUAAAACCAAAGUAUUCAAAGGAGACCUCAAAACUCCCCUGAAGAAAUGGAACAUGAAAAAACUGCCCCCGGGCCCCGAGCAGAAGCCAGCUCUGCAACCUGAUCCCGCCCCAGAAUCCAUGGAACAACCCGACCCGAGGCCGGGGAGCGCCCAGCGCCCCAACCAGAAGUUGCCACCACGACCUAAUCAGAGGCCAGCUCUGACAACCCAGAGGCCUCUCCUCAAGCUCCGAAAGCCUGCACACUUUUUCAGGAAUCUCAGCUUCGACCUGGUGGAUAAAUCGGACAUUUUUUCAACCUUUGGAAUAGAAAUUAUAAAAUGGGCUGGGUUUCACGCCAUCAAAAACGACGCCGAGUUUUCCCGGCUCUUUAGAGCCCUCUUUGAGCUAGAGACAGAAACCUGUGCAAAAAUGCUGGCUUCCUUCAAGUGCUCCUUAAAGCCAGAACACAGAGAUUAUUGUUUCUUCACUAUCAAGAGUUUACAACACGCUGCUCUGAAAACUCCCAAAGUGGACAACGAGUUUUUAAACAUGCUGUUGGACAAGGGUGCUGUGAAAACAAAGAACUGCUUCUUUGAAAUCAUAAAACCUUUUGAUAAAUACAUCAUGAGGCUCCAAGACCGGCUCCUGAAAGGUGUCACCCCGCUGCUCAUGGCCUGCAAUGCCUACGAGCUGAGUGUCAAAACCAGUGGGUUUGGGAACCCAAGAGAAAUGGCAGCUGCUUUUGAGACCACUGUUUCUCUCUGUCGUAAAUCUUUAGCACUUCUGGGGCAGACCUUUGCCCUGGCCUCUGUUUUUAGGCAAGAGAAAAUCCUUGAAGCUGUAGGGCUCCAGGAAAUGGCCCCAGCACCAACACUGUUCCCAAACUUUGAUGAUUCAACCUUGUUUGGGAGGGAGUACAUUGAAAACCUGAAGGCUUGGUUGGAGAAGAGUGGAUAUCCAAUUCAGAUGAAAACAACUGAACCAGAGUCCACAGAACAGCUGAAAAAACCCACUCCUGACACAAAAGCCCCACAACGAGCUGAUCGGAAGGUUGUAGAGACAAUUGAGCAGCUGGUGAACAACAUUGUUUCAGGAACCUUGUCUGCCAAAGAGAGGAAUGCCCAAAAGAACUGCCCUGAAUAUUGGUUCUUGUCUGAUGAAGACAGUCUGGAAUACAAGUAUUACAGGCUGAAGCUGUCAGAGGUGCAGAGGAGAACAGCAGCUGGGAAGGAAGCAGGGGGUGAGGGCACAACACUAGAAGAAGCUGCCACAGAAUCAGUCAGGGCCAUGCUGUACGCCAGGAAAGUUGCCAGUAUUAAGAGAAGACUGUUCAAAAGAAAAAGGCUUGGAAUUAUCACACAACGUGGCAUUCGAGGAAGGAAGGUGAGGAGAGCAACCACAGGGACACAGACUGUGCUCUCAGCUGGGACAGUGCUGAAGCACCAAGACAAACAUCUCCAAGUCCAGUCAAAGCCUUCUGCAGAAACCAGCCUGGCUGAGAAGAGCUCUGCCCUUGAUAGCACCUCAUCCUCACAGGGUGCCACCAGUGCAGAGGUGUCUCUGCCAGCAGAAGAAAGGGCAAAUUCUGAGGAUUUCUUAGCACCAUCUGAACUUUUCCAGCCAUUAUCCUCUGAGUUUCCUGAUGUGGAUGCUAAAACAAUGGAAACUGCUGAGAAGCUUGCCAAGUUUGUUGCUCAGGUAGGACCAGAAAUUGAGCAGUUCAGCAUAGACAACAGUGCAGAUAACCCAGAUCUUUGGUUUCUGCAGGAUCGGAACAGUUCUGCUUUCAAAUUCUACCGAAUGAAAGUCUAUGAGUUGUGUCCCUCCAUUAACUUCAGUGCUGUGUCAGAAGCAGCUGAUGCUGGGGAAAGUGCUAAACCUGAAGAGAGAAAUUUGGACGUUUCAGAAGAGGAAGAGGAUGAAGAAGAAGAGGAAGAAGAUAAUGAGGAGGAAGCUGAGUUUGAGGAAGAUACCUCCCAGCCUUUGGAAGAAAUGGAAAUGGAGCAUGCAGAGGAAGGAGACGAGGAUGACAUCUCAGCAGGUAGAAGUGUGGAAAACCUAGAUGAAGAGAUGGUUUCCAAAACAGGAGAGGAAAUUUCAGCAGGUGAAAUGCAGCUGGCCACAGCAUCUGAUGGUGCUGUACCCAAUCUGUCGACACAGGCACCAGCUCCUGCUCCUGGUACCCCAUUUCCUCGCAAACGAAUCAGCAGCAAGUCUCUGAAAGUUGGUAUGAUUCCUGCAUCCAAAAGGAUUUGCCUCAUAGAAGAGCCAAAAGAAACCAAAAGAUUUAGAAUUUUCCCACAAGAAGCUGACAAACAGGAACGUGGGUUUCCAGAUGCUUCAGAAGAUGGGCUGGCAAGAAGGGCACGGCCUUGGGACACGGGGAAAAGGAAUCAGAGAGCCUGUAAAAGUGGGUGCUACCUCUGCAGGGGAGGGCUUGGGUGUUGCAGGGGAAGAAAAUAAAGAAGAUGCAUUUGAUGUUUUCCGUCAAAGAAUGAUACAAAUGUACAGGCAGAAAAGAGCAAGUAAAUAGGUAUGUGCAAUGGACACGGCUGCUUUGUCAAUUCCUGCAAACAUUAAAAUACCAGGGUGGUUUAAGUCUUCCUUUACCAAGCAAUUAUUACUGUUCCCGUGAGUGUGUCUGGCUUCCUAGCAUUUCCUGGAAGUCCAGACCUACAUUGAACUGCUGAGUUACCCCAAAUCUUACUUCCUAGGUGUGACAUUAAGAGACUGGCUCGCUAGGAAGUGCACGGACAUGCAAAGGCUGCUGUGGGAAAGAGCUUCAGCAGAGUGUGCCAGUGUGAAGGACACUUUGUUCUCUAGUAGUGGACUUGAACACUAAUAUAUUAAAACAUUUUCCAAGAUUAAAGUUAGUCUUGUAUUUAACUGUGCAAGCUAACAGCUUGGAUGUCAUCUUCUGAGGAAGAAACACCUGACUUUGUUCUCGGAAGUGCCUGUUUACCUCUCUCUUGGGCCAAGUUUGCCUGUUCUGUGAGGAGGUGGCUUACCAAAAACCAGAAUAAGCCACAUGGAAAACACAACUAGCCUGGUUUGGCUUUGAUCCUUUCUGAAGCCAAGAAUCUUCUCAAAUUCAGAUCUUCUUGCAAGGCAGUUCAGAUUUUACUUCACUCCAUUUUACUGAUGGGCCAUUCUGAGCUACUUCUGGAGCCUGCAAAAAAGCAGUUCCCUUUCCUCCACACACCACUUUCAAGAAGAGUCUACCUGCAUGCUUCUUCUGUAUGUGAUUCUAGACCUUAAGUGUAGGAUGAAUAACUGAGUUCAUCCAAGUCUGAGAACACUAAACUCUUCCUUGAAAACCUCAGCAGGUUUUUUUCAUUGUCAUGAACAAGCAGUACAUGUUUUAAGUGUACUUUUGGUUUUUGCACAAAUUUGCAGCUCUUCUCCAACUAAUUCUUGAAUGAUUUCUUUCCUUCUCAAAGAAGUUUAAGCCAUGAGCAGGUGCAAUCCAUGUGUCUGCAGGAAACACUAAGAAAAUCCUUGGAAGUAAGAUAUAUGGAAGUCAUCUGCAAAUGGAUCAUCAGUUUGUAAGGCCAUCAGUAUAGAGUCAUUUCUGUUUCUGUUAAAUAUUUGCUUUGCAGAAGUUCUUUCAUUGAAAAACCCCAAGAAAUAAAAAGCUUGUGCUUUUAAGGGACUAUUCCAGAACUUAAUGAAGGAGAAGACUGGAUUAAUCCACUGUGCUGCAACAAAAAGCAUUACUUAACUGUUCUGAAGACAUGAAGGAUUUCACAUUGUUACCACAAAUAAACAUCCAAGGUCUGAUUGUUCAUCUUUUCCCAACUUCCACAUCAAUAAGGGAUCUGUGACUGGAUUGCUGAAAGUGACAGCACUUAAGAUGGCACUUUUUAGUGUACUCAUUCUUCAUUACCUUUCUAAAACAAGUCCAAAAUCUUCACCUGAAUGUUGUAGUACCACAGCCUGAAGUUCUCUUUGUGGGGUUGAUCUUGAGCCGAUGCAUGUUUUGCUUCCUAGGAGUGAGUGCUGCCUUGCUGCUGUUUUCAUCCUGCUUCUUGUAGAGCAAAGAGCUUGUGGUAAAAGCACUGAUAGCACCCCACAGAAAUGUGGCAGCACCUCCAGUUCCCAACUGACAAAUAUGCAAGAAAUUGUGUUAUCCAGUUACCAACUUGCCUGUGCCUGCUGUUUAAAGAACAAAAUGCCCUUCUUGCUCCAUUAAAAACCGUGCUGGUUGAAAGGGAGUGUCUUCAUUUUUAUUUGGUAGCAAAACACUUUUCCUUGCUUGUAACAACCAAUUUUUAGUUUAUGAAUUCAAGUUGUUGGGUUUUUUUUUCUUUGCUGGAUGGGUCUUUGAAACCACAAGAAACAAAACCAUGUUGCAGUGUAAUUUUCUGAUCCCUCAGUUUUAGUUGCCUUGAAGCACUUACUGAAUAAAACCAUGAUGGCAGAUGCAGAGAAAUAUGCUGAUAGUUCUGUUUUUCCAUCAGCAUCACAUGUGUCUUCACCUUUACAAGAAGUUGAAGCCUGAAGGCUAUAAAUAGAAGUGAAUUUGUCUGGUUGUCACACUUGAUUAAGGACAUCUGGGAGCCCAGACAUUCCUCACAGGCUCUGCUUGGAGAUGUUUAAAGUCCUUAAAACCUUCUGGACCACAGGCUACUUGAAAGAUCAUCAACUCCAGUACUUGGCAGUGUGUGCUUGGCUGUUGAGUUGCUGUUUGGGUGUGUUCUGCACUGCCCCUCUUUCUUUCCUGUGCCUAAUGAGCAGUUCCACAGUGUGAAACUUGAAAGGAGAUCUGUCAGUCACAGCCUGGAACUGGUACUGGAGGCUUCUGAUUUAUUCCUCAGACCCCCUCUAAGGGUUUAGCUUUUCUUUUGGUUUCAGUGAUGAAGCUGCCAGUGUUCCUGGUGACCAUUUUUAUUUCCCUGCAGACAUCCAGUUUGCUUCUUCUCUCCCAGUAACAUUUUGGAAGGGUUCUUUGAGGAGAUGUUGCAGAAAGGCACAGGGUGAGGUGGAGUUUCACACGAGGUUGAAAUCCCCUCUCUAAGCCCCAGAUCAACAUUCUGGCUUCAUUUGGCAUCAGAGCAUUCCAGGUGCCUUUGCUGAACACCUGCUCACCCAGUCUGGGAGAACUGCUGGUAUCCAUUUGGAAAAUGGUACCGUCCUUCCCCAGGCCCAUUCGAGUUAGAUCAUAAUGCUGCCUUGAGAAUAAAGGUGAACACUGGGAAAAUCUGAAUCUGCUCCCCUGGAUGGCUGUAGUAUGGUCAGUCUUUCUUGUGCCAAACUUUAAUUUUGGACAAGAGCUCAGCAGAGCAGUCCUGGUGCUGAGAUUCCAGUGUUGCUCUCGAGUGUGAGACCAUUUGCCACUUUGAUCUUGUUUUACCAAAAGAUGACUUUGCACUCCUUUUGCAAAAAGGAAUUUCCUUUUAUUUUUUGACCUGCUUUUGCAGGCAGCUCUGAUUUGAACAUUUUAAAUACUUGUACAUGUGAAACAUUUGUUGUGCAGAUAAUAUAUUGCCUUGUUUCAAGUUUACUAGCUUCUUUUCUGUUAUUUUAGUUCCAGGCUCUCUUCCAUGAAGACUGCAAGCUUCAGUGAACAUUUUAACUAACUUCAGUGGUGUGUCUACUGUCUUUUGGUUGGUUUUUUGCCAUUAAUCUUGUAGAGCAAGUUUCUGUUCCGUGCAAACUGGCAGUAGUGCUAAGCUAGUAGAUGCUUCUGUUACUGGGUAGCUGACCUUUCUUUUCAGUGUAAGUAAACAUGUUAGCAUUGUUAAUCUUUUAAUAUCUGCAAUAAAUGUAGAACGGUAACAGUUAAUCUGGUUUAAAUGUUUUGCUUGUGAAUUUGGCCAUUUGUAAGAGAUAUGCAUCAUUUUGGCACUGACAAGUGGAACUGAGAUCAUGCAGUGUUACUUAGUGUAAAGCAGGAUUUUAUAGUGCACAAGGGAAGGAGGGUCCCUCUGGUUCUGUGCUGCUAAACUUCUCCCUUGAGAAAACCCACUAAAUCAUUUCUUGGUUACUUUUCCAUGUGGCUUCUAGUGUAUUAAAUCCAUACACAACAGUGUUAGUUCCCCCACGAAUGCCAAAACCCAAACAGGAUGCAAGUCUUGCCCUUGAUUCACAUAAUCCCAGGCAUUAAGUUGUCUCUCUGAUUUUCUUGGUGUACUGACUUGACAACAGCAAAACUCUCUCUUUACCUACGUGCGUGGUUUACUGUUGCCUUUACAUUCAGAUUCCUUUUUAGACAGGAUGUGAGGGGGAAAAUUGCAAGGAACUGAAAUGUAACCCUUGUGCAGCUGCCUUCUCUCCAGAGGUGAAGUCAGAGUGUUCGUUUGGGAAAGAUCCUAGUCAGGUCUCCUGGUUCUUGCUUUCGUAGGAAAAGCUUUACAGAGGCAAGUUCAAGCCCUGGCUACACCUUUUUUCCUCCUUUUCUUUGAAAAAAUGUAUUAGAUGUAAGGAGCUGGUUCUAGAAGAAAGGACAUUUGCUCUCGUGGGAGAGAAAUUAGGAGAUCCCCCUUUUGGGGGAGAAGAGUAAGAAAUCUCCAGUCAAUAAUACACUGUUUGGAGUAAUUGUGUUGGACUAGAAGAGAUGUUUUCCUUUUUUUUUUGCCUUCAGAGCUUUUCUUUGGUGUAAUACCAAUGACACUUUUCCUAUUUUGUUUUUUAGAAGACACUACAGCAUCCUUACUGUGAACAUUUAAUCUGUGCUGAGAUGUUACUUCUCAAAAAUCAAUGUACAGUAUUUUUUUUUUUCUAUUGAUAUUCUGUUUGGCUUGAAAGUUAAUCCUGAUGUGCUGUGCCCAAAGAAAAGUCUGGACUCAGAAAUUCAAAUCCUGUUCUCUUGGAUUGUUUUCUAUCCUACAAGCAGGUCCAUUUUCUAAUUAAAAAUGAAUUCCUGAAAGUCCUGUAUCAUCUUCAAUUCUGCAUAUCUCAUGACUUGAGUGGCCAAUCACAACCAGACUGUAGAUUUGAGCAAUAAUAAACACCUUUAAAUGAGAAUAUGCUCAAAGAACAAUAGGGUACUUCUGAAAUAAAUAGUUUUUGUGAACCUUGUUAAGUAGGUAACUUGCUGAAUUGCAGCAAGUGUGGAAAAUGUUUGCAUUCUCUGUGGGCAAUAAAGUUACUGCUGUUUAAGAAAGCA